GCUGCAGUCCCCCGGAGGGCCCGACCCGCUUCCCUCCCCUCGCCGCCGCGCCGCGCCGCCGGCCAGGCUGGCUUCCUCUUCCGUGGCUCCGAGGCGGAGGCUCCUCCACGCGGCCCUGCCUGCCUCGCCUGGGCGGCCGGCCCGUCCUGCGCGCCUGCAGCGCCCCAAUGGCGGCGGAGGCGUUGGCGCGGGGCGCCGGGCCGGGGCUCUGCUGGGCCUCGCUCUUCUCCUGCCUCGGCCUGGCCUGUGCCUACGUGGGCAGCCUCUACGUCUGGAAGAGCCACCUGCCCAGGGACCAUCCCGCCGUCAUCAAGCGCCGGUUCACGAGCGUCCUCGUGGUCUCCACCAUCUCGCCGCUCUUCAUCUGGGUCUGGAAAGAGGUGACGGGCGUCAAGAUGCAUCCCUCCUCACCUUGAUGGGCUUCCGGCUUGAGGGCAUCUUGCCGGCGACUCUGCUGCCCCUGCUGCUGACAAUGAUCUUGUUUCUUGGCCCCCUUAUCCAGCUGUCGAUGGACUGUCCCUGGGACCUGGUAGACGGAUUACGAAUUGCAUUUGAUCCCAGUUUUUGGGUGCUCUGCCUCACCGACAUCCGUUGGCUCCGCAACCAGGUCAUCGCGCCUUUCACUGAAGAGCUGGUGUUUCGGGCCUGCAUGGUGCCCAUGCUGGUCCCCUGCACCGGAGCGGGUCUGGCCAUCCUAACCUGCCCCCUCUUCUUUGGAGUCGCUCAUUUUCAUCAUGUUAUUGAGCAGCUGCGGUUUCGCCAAGGAAGCAGAGCCAGUAUUUUCCUCUCGGCAGUGUUCCAGUUCUCCUACACAGCGAUCUUUGGCGCCUACACCGCUUUCCUCUUCAUCCGGACAGGACACCUCGUUGGGCCAGUUCUCUGCCAUUCCUUCUGCAACUACGUUGGAUUCCCGGCGGUGGGCGCGGUGCUGGAGCACCCGCAGCGCUUCCUGGUGGCCUUCUUCUACCUGCUGGGCGUGGCUCUCUUCCUCCUCCUCCUCCUCCCUAUGACAGACCCGGCCUUCUUCGGGCAUCUGCCCGUCUGCUCCCUCUCCAGACUGACCUCUCCUGCCAGCAGCCUCCGGAGCUCCUCCUGGUGCUCCUGACACCCGGCUGGGACCUCUGCUGCGGACACACCCGCGGGUCCCCGGGGCACGCAGAGGGCCGUGGUCGGUGCCCAGACUGGUUUCCAGAUGCUGUUCGCCGCCCAGCUCUUCCACCCCUCUGCGGAGGGCUGCGGGGGGGGGGGGAGAUCCGAGCUCUGCGGCUUCAGCGAGGCUGGUCACUUAUGCCCGUUGGCGAGGGAUGCGUAGCCACGCUGCCGACAUUCUUGCACACCUCCGCCCUGAGCCAGCCAGCCCUUUUUCUAGAUCCCUGGGGUCCUUUUCCUCCAGGCCCUGAAGAGUUCUAUUUUUUACUAAUAAAGUACUUUAAGGAG